AUUGCAGUCGCAAAUGCUCGCACUCACAUCGACUUGCUCCCUGCAUCAAAACCAACAAAUCACAGACUCAUGCCUUACGAGAAUACAAAGCAGCAGCGAAAAAGAAAAAAACAAGGCAUUCAUUGAUUGCAAUAAGGGACAUCAGCCGGGAAUCGACUGCAAGCUUAUAUCUAGGUUCUUUGUGGCUCUAGAUGAUGCUUUCCUACUUUGAGGGUAGGGUUUCGUGGGACCAUUUGCGAAAGUAAAAACAAAAGAAGCUGUGGGACGACAGACGAGGGCUGAGGGUGCUACUCAGGAUCCCUCUUGGAGGAACCUGAGAGGAUGUAGAGGAAAAGGGACCCCCUGGAGAGGGCAGCAGUUCUCUUGGAUGAGCAUGGAACAGGAAUUUGAAAAUAAAAAGUUUACUCUGAGAUGAUAUGGACUGGAUGGCACUUGCUACUGGAAGCACCUUUACAAAUAAAAGAAGAUUUCAAUUUAAAAAAAAAGAUUUGCCCUGAUGCUGAAUUUGAAAAUGAUGUGAAGCGAAGAGGAAUUGUAAUGUACCCUGGAACAUAGAAAACCAUGAAAUUCAGGAAAAAAGACAAUCCAGACAUAUCCACUUCCGUUUAGGUUCACCGAGGACUAUGGAAACGGGGCAGUGACUCAUUGCAAAGAAUAAAAUGGCAAGGCAGGCAUGAUGUGACUGUCAGUUAUUAAUCCAUUUAACCUCAGAUCAAAUUCACAUCAUCAUGAUUUUAAGUCAUUAACUAUGAGGACCUUCAGCACACCUAAACAAUUCCACAGUGGAUCACUCUGGAUUUUCCCCUAAAGCAAUGAUGGGACUAGAUGGGCAGUUCAUCUAUAAAAGAACUGAAAGGAUUGGAAACCAUUUUAAAUCUUGAUGAAAUAAACACAGCAGGUCUGUGGACAACCUGGUUACCAUGCUACGCACAGAACCAGGAAGUCUGUCUAGAGGAACCUAUCAGUUGCAAGAACAUGACAACCAGAAAUUGGACAAGUCAAGAAGAUGUCCUGCUUUAUCAAUCCCUGUCAGCACAAUACGUGUUUGCCCAUGUCCCAUGUCACAAUCAACAAUAUUCUGGCUGGGCCUUCUAGGCUCUGUACUGCUGCAGAGUGGACAAGGUGUCAUGGCAGGGGAGACGUGGGGAAUGGUGUCCAUCUGUCCUUUUCACUGCGUGUGUCGGAACUUAUCAGAGUCUCUGAGCACUCUUUGUGUGAAUAAAGGUCUUCUCUUUGUACCACCGAACAUUGAUCGCAGAACUGUGGAGCUCCGUCUUGCUGACAACUACAUCCUUGAAGUGGGAGGUGCUGACUUUGCAAAUAUGACAGGACUAGUUGACCUGACGUUGUCACGCAAUACCAUCCAUGCUCUUAAACCGCUGGCCUUUGCUGAUCUGGAGAGUCUGCGUUCACUUCACCUGGACACCAACCGUCUCACAGUGGUGGGACCUCAAGAUCUGACAGGUCUUGUUAACCUUCAGCAUCUCAUCAUAAACAACAACCAGCUCACAGAUGUUUCAGCAGAUGCUUUUGAUGACUUCUUACUGACUCUGGAGGAUCUGGACCUGUCCUACAACAACCUUCGCAGAGUUCCUUGGGAAUCUAUUCAGAACAUGGCAAGCCUGCACACAUUAAAUCUAGAUCAUAAUUUAAUAGACCAGAUUGCGGAGGGUUCUUUCGGUGAGCUCUACAAACUGUCCCGGUUGGAUAUGACUUCAAACAGAUUGCAGACUCUUCCCCCUGAUCCUCUGUUUUCCAGAUCCCAGAUUGGGGUUGUGAGCCCUACACCAUACAAUUCCAUUAUCAGCCUCAACUUUGGUGGAAAUCCCCUGCAUUGCAACUGUGAGCUGCUGUGGCUACGACGUUUAAUUCGUGAGGACGACAUGGAGACAUGUGCCACACCUGCUCAUCUGGCAGGGCGCUAUUUCUGGUCCAUCCCAGAGGAAGAGUUUACGUGUGAGCCUCCACUGAUCACUCGUAAUACCAACAAGCUGUGGGUGUUGGAGGGCCAGAGAGCCACACUUAAAUGUAGAGCCAUUGGUGACCCUGAGCCAGUCAUUCACUGGGUGUCACCAGAUGACCGUAUUGUGGCCAACUCCAGUCGCAUUCGCUCAUACUACAACGGCACACUGGAUUUUUUGGUGACCCGUGCCAGAGAUGAUGGCACUUAUACUUGCAUUGCAAUUAAUGCUGCAGGAGAAUCUACAGCUCUGGUAGAUUUAAAGAUUAUCCCUCUUCCCCACAGAGGGAAUGGUACAAUAUCCCUUAUCAAUCAUAGGGACCCUGGAUCCUCUGACAUCAGCAGUGGACGGGGAGGUGUUGAAGGGACAGGGAACGGUGUUGUGACGGUACGGAAUGUCACAGGAGGCAAAACAGAUACUGGAGAAAGAGGAAGCGGAAGCAGUAAUGGAGGAACAGAAACCCUGGUAGGAGCUCUAGGCGUGACAUCCAACUCCGCUCAGAUACGCUGGAAAAUGGGUCGAUCUUCAAUGCCUUUCUUGGUGUGGAUGUAUCAGAUCCAGUACAAUAGCACAGCAGACGACGCACUUGUUUACAGAAUUCUGCCUCCAACCAGUAAUAGCUUCCUGCUGAAAAACUUGGUAUCAGGAGCAGACUACAGCCUGUGUGUCUUGGCCAUUUUCGAUGAUGGCAUCUCCUCCUUGGCUACUACAAAGGUGCUGGGUUGCAUCCAGUUCAGCACUAAAGAGGAUUAUCCAGAAUGCCGUUCUCUGCACGCUCACUUCCUGGGCGGCACACUGACAGUGAUGGUGGGAGGCGUGGUGGUAGUAACCCUACUGGUCUUCACCGUGGCUAUGAUGGUGCGCCAUCGCGUCUGCGGAGAGUGUCGGGAAGAUGCCAACAGGCCUGGCAAGUUCCUUUCAACCAAAGGGGUGGAUGUUUAUGCCCAGACGAACGGAAACAACAGUAUGAUGAUGGUGGCAUUGCCAAACGGACUCUUGGCCCAAAGAACAAAAGACAAACAAAAGCCUAGCUCUCUCCCAAAACCUAAACAGAGCCCUGAACCGCACCGUGGCACACGAGAUAGGGGCGACGGAGCAGUGAGGGAAAAAUGCUUCAGUCCUCUCACACCAGAAAGUGAGAGAUUGACACUGUACUAUUCCCCAAGUAACACAUUACCCACGCCAACGCAAAAGCGAGCAGGUAGGCUUAAGUUAAGGAAGUCUCUGGAGAAAGACAGAGAUGUAGACAGACAAGUCUCACUUGCACUGACACAAGAUGGAGAUGACGCAAAGGAAGGAGGCUCAGAUUUGAGGCAGGCACUCAAAACCAAGCGUAGCUGCUCUUUUGAUGUGGGGGAAAUCACCACCACCACCUGUUACAGCUAUGCCAAGCGGCUGAGCGUCAUCUGGACACGUCGUAGCCAGUCACUGCAUGGUAUGCUUGUACACUGUGCCUCCAACACCAGCACAUCCAGCAUGGGUAGCAGCGAGCAGUACGGCCACGGCCUAACACAGAACUAUCUACAUGCCUUCGCUUCCAACAACUCCUCCAAUUCCAACUCCAACUCCACUUCAAACUCAAACAGUAGCAUGACAGUCAAUCCAAGAGACCUGGAGGAAAGUGUGGUGUAGGACACCUAAAAAAAAAAGUAAAGACUGAGAGAACUCCGAACAUUAGACGAAAACAAAUUAUCCGGGGAGGUCAGGAUUGAUGAGAAGUAAUGCUCCUGACACAAAGGAUUGGCUAUUAUUUGAUGACCGCAAUUAUUCUGAGCACAACAAGGCUCAAAAUCAAAUUAUGUGAAGACAAAGAAUGACAAGUAGGAUUUGAAGAAAUGAGAUUCAAGGACAGACUUGCUUUUUUUAACGACAGGCCUAAGGCAUGGGGGAUUACAACCUAAAGCGUCUGUUUCGACAAGAUUAAUUAACCAAUUAAUAAAUUAUUGAAUAAACCAACUGCUACUUUAUGCAGAAGAAACACUAUUCGAAUGCUAAUGAGGAGCUGAAACUAAAGUGGGUAAAUAUCACACAGAAACCAUUCAAACCCAAAGAGGGAAUGCAUUAUCUGUUGAAAUACAGUACACUACUGCGAAGAAGCACAACAUGUCUGGGCCCUCUAAUGAGGGAGAGUAUAUAAAUAUGCUGUAAAGUUUCUUUUCACUCCUUUCUUUUUUGGCUGAAUGUUUUUUUCAAUGAAUUGAAAAGAUGAAGACAGAACAUUGGUGUUAAGAAUGGGGAACCAUUUGUUCAAAUGUCAUUCAACAGUGGUUUGAAUAGUCAAUUGUUCUUGUCUGAUCAGCCUUUUUCCAGAAUCAUAAAGAAUAAAAAGCU